AAUGUCUGUUCACAUAACUGCAUCAUCAGCCCCAGCUACAUAAGUUAUGAUUGUCAUAACUCAAGAUUAGAUCAGAGAGGCAAGCUGGUCCCUCGAUGAAUAACAACAGUCAGUCGCUCAAAUUGACUUAUUAGGGCAGUGAAGGAUUGUUGCUUCAGCUAAUCUGACAAACAGUUUCCAUUUGCAUAAAACAGACUUGAGAAGAGGGCAGCAUAGGACAGCACCAGAAACUCCAGCCAUUGAUAUGAAGCGCAUUUUAUUUCCUUUACAUUCCAGACAUUUAGAUCAGUGGUUUCCAAUCUUUUUUGUCAGACGUACCCUCACAUUACUCCAUUACUUUCAGCUAUUUCAACCAUUUCUCCAUUGCUUUUAGAUAUCUAUUUCAACUGUUCAGUUUUAGCUAUUACCACCAUUUAUCCAUUACUUUGGCUAUUUCAGCCAUUCAUCCACCACUUUUAGCUAAGUGUUUCAACUUCUCUGCUUGCAUGCUAACUAGUUUUCAUGCACUUCAGGGUGUACAGGUACAGCUGAAACAUUUUUUAAUCAAAUAAUAAUUUAUGUUGUUUACUCACUAUUACUUGAGCUAAUCCACAAUCUUUCCACAUACCCCCUAGCAAGUGCAGAAGAAUCACCUAGGGUACGGGUAACCCUGGUUGGGAAUCACUCAUUAAGAUGCUAAUCUUCUUCAGGGCAUGUGUAAUGAGAUCAAGGACACUGACAGGACAUGUGGUUGAUGAGUGGAUCAAUCCGCGACCCUUCUGUUAUAGGAUGGUGAAUGCAACCACCAAGCCACAUGACACUUGCAAAAUCAAGAAAACAUACACGUGUCCCUUGCAGUACUGGGGAGAGAAUAUCUAUCAAAAAGUGGCAGUAAAUGUGUUAGAAUAAAAACAAAGACUUUACAUAAUGUGUCCAAGCUGUUUUGAAGGACUAAGGAUAAAAAAACUCUGGAAACAGGAAGAGAGUUUCAGAUGGAGUAAUUGCUCUGUACACACUGAGCUGCCAAAAUGGGUGCUUGACCUAUUGAACCAUUUGCUAUGAAAUACUCAUUCUACUUCAUAGCACAUUAAGUUGCUUCACUUUCUAUGGAGUACUGGGUUACUUUCUUAUUUUGCUUCUUCAUGUUCAUCAUUAUCUUCACAAUUGGUGUAUAUACUAUUCUUGCUCUUGAUUGGCUUGUUAAAUAAAACACUAACACCUUCAUUUCAGUUGGAUCUCUUUUCCCUCCUGCUCUAAAUAAACCUCACCAGUACAAAAGCAUAUAAAACAUGAAUUAUCUCUGAUCACUGGUAACUGUCUACUUAUUCUGUUAUAUUUCAAGUUUAACUAUUGUCUUUUAUUAUGUAAUAGCAGUCUUGAGCGGGCAUUUAUGCACAGACCUUGACUUGAAACUGUCCAGUGCAUGUACACUCUUUGUCGCUGUGUCGUAGUUAAACCUUUAUGAUUAAUCUCUCUUUUGCCCAGUGGCUUAUCCACCAUUCACACAGAGUAGCAUAGUACCUCUGAACCACACUGGUCACUGUAGGCCUUUUGUUCAUCACUGAGACAGAUUGGACAGUUUUGCAUUUUACCAUUACAUUGAUAGCACGUCUCUGAAUAUCCCAUUUCAGUGUCUUGUGAGUCAUCACCGCACUCAGCAGAAUUCAGGUUUCUAUGAGAGUGAAUUUCACUUAUAGCUAAAAAAAGAUGUCUUCCUCUGAAGCAGGAAACUAAUAUGCUCAUGUCACUGGAAGAAAAAGGAUCUUGCAAGGUCAAAAUGUUUUUGCAAGGGCAAGAUAUUCUGAAAGAAGCUACAGUAGGACACACCGAGGAGACGCUUGUGACCAUGACUCCGUUAGCACCUUUAGUUUUUGCUCUUUUGAUAAUCUGUUUUUUGCCUCUAAUGUCAGCAACGGUUGUUCAAGAUUUUAAUCACAUAGAGAGAUGCAAGGACUCCCUGUACAUGGGGACACCGCCGCGGGGGAUCACCAACACCAAACUGAAGAAGAUCUGCCAACGUUACGCAGACAAACCUCGUUAUGUGACCCUGUAUGACCCCCAAAAGCGGAUUCCAGUUUACUCAGCUUAUACCUUCAAGAAAACAGAGGGAGACAGACGUGUGGACUACCCUUGGAUGUAUGAGCCACAGCUGGCAGAAGUGGAUGGAAAUGGAAACAUGCUGCCCUUCCCCACCGGUUACCUACACAUGAAGUUUGAGGACAGCCAGGCAGUCCUGGAUGACUACUCUGAUGUGGUCCUGUAUGAGAGAGGUCACCUGAACCCAGACCAGCACCAGUCCACCCCACACGACCGCGCUGCCACUUACACUCUGACCAAUGUGGUCCCAGAGAUACGGGAGUUCAACAUCGGGCCUUGGCGCGAGUAUGAGGAGCGGAUCCGGGUCCGCCUCAACAACUUCUGUCGUGGCACGGCAUACAUCGUCACCGGAGUGACCACCAGAGGCAACAUGAUCCGUCGAAACAACCAGGACCGCGUGGCCAUCCCUGAAGAUGUGUGGUCCGCUUACUGCUGCACCGACUACGACCGCAACGCACCCCACGAUGUUCGCAUCCGCUUCCCGUCCUACGGAGCCUUCGCCAAAAACUCCAAAGAGGGCAACAGCGUUCACGAGCUGCCGGUCCAGGAACUUGAGAUCUUUCUGAAAAAUAAUAUGGAUGUUGACCAGAACCUUCAGAUCUUUUAUGACAACUGCAUCUCUCCCUCACCCCUUCCUCUUUACCUCCAACAUACUAUCUGAAAGCUCUUCCAGUUAUCCCUUCUGUGUGCACGUGGGUUUCUACAUUCUUUCAGGUUAACAUGUAUAAUGGUAGACAUUUGUGUUUUUUUGGCUCAAGGGUAAUGAAAAAAAAAGUAACAUUGUGGUAAUUCUCUUUAAUGUUCAUUUAAAAUGUCCCUUGCAGCUCAGUUAUUGUUUGGAAAAAACAGGAUUUAUUUAAACAGGAUUUUUAAAAACAGGAUCUUAAAAAAGUUUAAAAAAGGAACUAAAUUGUUCUUUCUUUAAUUAGAUUUUUUGAUGAAUGUUUUCGUUCAUUAUCUCUCCUCUUACAAAAUAUAAUAUAAUAAUAAUAACAUGAGAGCUACUUUGUGGUGAGAGGGAUUAUAAUACUGAUGUAUGGGGCGUUAUGCAAAUUGGUUAAUCUAAUAAAAUACCUUAAUUUA